AGUGUCAUGGACGCGACUAACUCAUUUGAGCCUGCACCUAAUCUUCCUAUUGGGAAGAAAAAAUAUCUUUGUGUGGAAUAUCCGGCCAUUGUCAAGAAUACCCAUCGCGCUAUCGAUGCAAUGGGAGGAGAAAAAGCACUGGCAGCGUCACUCGUCCAUGAAACACCAAUUGAAUUACGAUUCCGUCCAGGCGACCCAUUUUCGCAUCCUAUCAAUGGCGAUAUUGUGCCUUCUUCAAAAUUGCUCGUCAAGGUGACUCGUCGCGUAAAAUCGGGCCAACCGACAGAGGAGGCAGAAAUUAAAACAGAACUGCUUGGCACUGUAUCCAAGACUCUUCGCUUUCGUACUUUGGCGGAUUUCCAAUACAUUGUUCCUGAAACGGAUCGCAUCGCUCGUCUAAAAAGGGCUAUGAUCGCGGGCAAUGCUGAGGAAAUCUUGAACUAUCGCGUGCCACCGGAUGACGGUGAAAAUGAAGCUGAUCUCCAUAAUAUUCCCCCUCCGGUAUUCAGCGCCACCGAAAUGCCAGCAUCUUACAAGUAUCGUCAGAGUUCACCGGUAGUCAGAGUCAAAGUGAAACAGCCCGAUGGUUCGUAUGUUGUCAAGCUUAUCAACAAAUCUCGGAAACGAGAGUUCGCGAUGACAAGCAUACACUACGAAGAUGAAAAUAUCCUUUUUUCGCUGCUGAGAAAUCGUCAUAGUAUUUUCAGCAACGAAAUUCUGAUAUCCCUAUUUCGACAGCUUUUCGAAGAGCGACCCAUUUGGUCCAAAAAUGCACUUAAACACGUCAUUCCGGUCAAGGAUCACAAGUUUAUGGGACGUGCUUUGGUGUCACUCGGUUACACGUUUGCCAACGGGCCCUGGCGCGAAUGUUGGGUACGAUAUGGUCUCGAUCCAAGAAAAGAUCGCAAAUAUGCCAUUUAUCAGAUUCUCGAUGUCCGACGUACUACCCGAGGCUCAGGCACAAGUGGUCCACGCCCAGUUCGAACCAGACUAGCUCCUCGAUCUACACUUUCAAACAGCAGAAUUAGCACCAAUAAUGGACACAUAUUUGACGGCAAAAACAAGGCUACACUGACAGCCAUGUUUCAAUUAUGUGAUGUAACAGACCCAGAUAUCAAUCCUCUCAUUCAUAACCAGACCUAUAUGCGAUCUGUGUGCACGAAAAUUACAGGGUUCUACUACGCCUGUACUCUGGAACGAAUUCGUACUGCCGUGCGAAAAAAACAGGAUGAGUUCCGUAGCAAAGGUGAAGCAUCACGAAUUUCGAAUUUAGAGGUGGGUUUGGCCAAAGACAUUGUGGAAGAAGUCGCAAAAGAAGAGAGAGAAGCGGCUGCUGCGGCUGAAUCUGCGUCGCAAGCAGCCAAUCAACCAUCCGUCCCCAUCAAAACCGAAGAAGCUGAAACGGCCGUUCGCGAUGCGCAACUACUUUACCAACAAUCGGAUCAAAAUUUGGUGGACCUGGUAAGAUGGAAUUCGCGAGACCGCCGAAUCAUUGCUAAUAUUCUGCGAAUGUAG